AUGGCCGAAACUCUUACUCACCCCCUCGUCAAGGACGGCUGGUUCAAGGAGACCGGAACCCUCUGGCCCGGCCAGGCCAUGACCCUCGAGGUUAAGGAGAUCCUCCACGUUGAAAAGUCCCUCUUCCAGGACGUCCUCGUCUUCCAGUCCGCCUCCUACGGCAACGUCCUCGUCCUCGACGGCGUCAUCCAGUCCACCGAGCGCGACGAGUUCUCCUACCAGGAGAUGAUGACCCACGUCCCCAUGAACUCCCACCCCAACCCCAAGAAGGUUUUGGUCAUCGGAGGAGGCGAUGGUGGUGUCUUGCGUGAGGUUGUCAAGCACGAAGGUGUUGAGGAGGUCACCCUCUGCGAGAUUGACGAGGCUGUUAUCCGCGUUUCCAAGAAGUACUUGCCCUCGAUGGCUGCUGGAUUCGAGCACCCCAAGGUCAAGGUCCACGUCGGAGACGGAUUUGCUUUCCUCGAGGACAAGGUCGACAGCUUCGAUGUCAUCAUCACUGACUCCUCCGAUCCCGUUGGCCCUGCUGCCUCGCUCUUCCAGGCCAAGUUCUUUGAGUUGAUGAAGAACGCUCUUCAUGCCGGAGGAAUCAUUUGCACCCAGUGCGAGUGCAUCUGGCUCCACAUGCCCAUUAUCAAGGAGGUCAUGGGCUUCUCCCGCAAGUUGUUCCCCACUGUCGAGUACGGCUUCACCACCAUCCCCACCUACCCCUGCGGCCAGAUCGGACUCUUGGUGUGCUCCAAGGAUGCCAACGCCAACAUCAAGGAGCCCCUUCGCCAGUGGCCCAAGGACCAGGAGGCCAAGUUGUGCCGUUACUACAACAAUGAGAUCCACAAGGCCUGCUUUGUUCUCCCCCAGUUCGCCAAGGCUGCCUUGGAGGCCCCUGAGGAGUCCAAGUAA